GCUCCUCGGACGCACGACAACACACCAACUGAAGUGGAAAGCGGCUCCUGUUCUGCUCCUUAUCCCAUUUCGGACGCUCCGUACAAGGCGGUCCGGCUUCAGACUGCUGCAGGACUGAAUCAAAGGGAAGAAGACAGUUAAGAAGACUGUCUCGCCUCUGGCUUGUGCGUUAAGUUUGCCUGCGUUUAUUUUUUUUCCUUCUUUAUUUUUUGGCUCUUUAUGCCAGCGAAUUAGUAUUCAACUUUGUGUUGUUUAUAGGUGGAAAGGUGGAAAGCAACAAUUUGUGUUUACCAUCUCGAAGACUAAAUUUAACUCAUGACGGCAGAGGUCCAGCAGCCCCCAGCGCAGACUCCUGCCCAGAGCAGCCCGAUGUCUGCUCCGGAGAAGCCGCACGGACAGACGGCGGUGAUGGAAACCGCCUCCUCCACUACGAAAACCAAAAAGACAAACGCGGGGAUCCGUCGGCCAGAGAAACCCCCAUAUUCAUACAUAGCUUUAAUAGUCAUGGCUAUCCAGAGUUCUCCAACUAAGCGCCUGACGCUCAGUGAAAUAUACCAGUUCCUUCAGAGCCGCUUCCCGUUUUUCAGGGGCUCUUACCAGGGAUGGAAGAACUCCGUGCGUCACAACUUGUCCCUGAACGAGUGCUUCAUUAAGCUGCCCAAGGGCCUCGGCCGGCCAGGGAAGGGCCACUACUGGACUAUCGACCCGGCUAGUGAGUUUAUGUUCGAGGAAGGCUCCUUCAGAAGGAGACCCAGGGGUUUUAGGCGCAAGUGUCAGGCCCUAAAGCCCAUGUACAGCAUGAUGAACGGCCUGGGAUUCAACCACAUCCCUGAGUCCUACAAUUUCCAGGGGAGCGGCGGGGGCCUAUCCUGUGCGCCCAACAGCUUGUCUCUGGACAGUGGGAUUGGGAUGAUGAAUGGACACUUGGCAGGUAACAUGGAGGGGAUGGGUCUGUCCGGACACUCCAUGUCACACUUGUCGACCAACAGUGGACAUUCCUACAUGGGAAGUUGUACAGGAUCCACGGGGAGUGAGUAUGGCCACCACGACAAUUCCGCCUCCCCUUUGCUCACCAGUGGGGGAGUCAUGGAGCCUCACCCUGUCUACUCGAGCUCAGCCUCGGCGUGGGCUCCAGCCCCCACGGCCUCAUUGAAUAACGGGGCCUCCUACAUUAAGCAGCAGCCUCUGUCUCCUUGUAAUCCAGGGGCCAACCCGCUGCAGCCAAGCUUGCCUACACAUUCCCUAGAUCAACCUUACCUGCACCAGAACGGACACAGUACCACAGAUUUACAAGGUAUUCCUCGGUACCAUUCCCAGUCUCCCAGCAUGUGCGACCGAAAGGAGUUUGUCUUCUCGUUCAACGCCAUGACGUCCUCAGCGAUGCACUCACCGGGCAGCGGCUCGUACUACCACCACCAACAGGUCUCCUACCAGGACAUCAAGCCCUGCGUCAUGUGAUGCCUCCACGGACAAAUCUGCAGACCAGAGGACGGUGUCACAGACUUGAGCCAUGCAGCGGAGUCAACUGAAAUGAGAACAAACGAGUAAAUAACCACUGAGAGACAUGAAAGCAUGCCCCGGCCCUGGAGAGUGCUCACUGCUUCCAGUAGACCGGACUACUUUUCUGUACUGUUUUGCAGCGACAAAGACACGGAGACAGGCCAAUCACAAAGCAACCACAUAAUAAUAAUAUAUAUUAAUAAAAAAACUUGUUCAUGCCAUCAACAUCGACCAGCGGGGUAAAGACUGGGCGUAUGAAACCCUGCUGCUAUUUGGUACUUAGUCCUGCAGAGCGGAUGACUACCACUUCACACUUUUGUUCAUGUUUAUUCUUUCUUCUUGUUAAAGUAGGCCAAUGUAAAAAUGCACACUCUCAUUUUCUCCGUCUGAAGUUUUUACUUUUCUUUCUUUUGACAAAUUAGACAGAGGCUCUGUUUUUUUUUUUUUUUUGUUUUUUUUUUUUUUUGUGUCGUACAUACAAGCGUUGAAUUUGAAAUGAACAAUUAUGGACAUUACACAUAUACUGUAGGUCCAUAUAUACUGUGUACAAACGAUGAAGGCACUUUUUGAAUAGCCUAUAAGCGCAACUUUUUAUUUAUUCUGUAGGCCUACAUAUUUUAAUUUCAGGCGAAUUGGCCAAGGAGGUAUAUGCUUUAUUGGCAAUAUUUGUCAGAACGCUUAUUAUUUGUUUUAAAAUGAAAAAUUGAGGAUAUAUUGUAAGCACUGUUAAUGUCGUUUGUGUUUGAUAUAUGUAGACCAUUACUUUCAGCACUGUAUACUUAUAUAUUGUUAGGAAAAUUAGCGAGGGUCCAUCAGUGAGGGCUAAUUUUUAGGCUAUAUUACAACAAAUCAUUUGUAAGAAAUAAAAAUAUAUCUGUUGGGCUGUUUAAGCCUAAAUCCACAAAUUCAAGGCAUAUUUUGAUUUUAUCACACACCCGUUAUUUCUGUCAAUUGUUGUUCACAAAACUGAAAAUCUUUAUAGAUUUCAGUACAGUGAUCAUUAUUACACAACCAACCAAAAAUUAGCAGGGUUUUAAGAGGGAGGCAAUGUGGGCCUUUUACUGAGAAAAAAACAAACAAACAAAAAAAACCCAAACACAAUACUUCUAAUAAUCCAUUAGGAUUCUUACUUAAAUAUAUAGGCUUGUAAUUAAUUAGUCUAUCAAAGUUUUAAAAAAAAAAAGUGGCUAAACUUUGUUCACGUGGGUCUGAUCUACGACAUGUUUGUCGAUACAAGAGUCAAAAAUGAAAUAGAUAUUAACGCACAUAUUACAUAUUACAGAAGUAGGCCUACUACAGAACAGUGGUGUCUGUAUGAUGCGCUUCAGACCACGGCUGACGGUUUAACCAAUCAGCGCAGCAGUCAGUUGUUUUCACCUGGCAGGAGCAGGGCACGCCUGUUGUUGUAAACUGAUAUUGUAUGAACAAAUCAGAUUUUCCACAAAACAGUUAUUACCUGAUGUAGUUCUAAAAUAAAUGGUUUGAAAAGUUAAUCGUAACACGCCUUCUAUGGGAGAAUAUACGCGGCAGUUGAGGCGUAACAAAUCAGAGGCAGGGAUCUCACUGGCGUUUGGUUACAGGCUGAAAACCUGAGGCACUCCCACUGCUAUGGUUGUUGUACAGCUUUCCUAAAAAAGCAUUUUUGUCCAAAGAAUAUUUUUGCAUAAUACCGUGGAGAUACCGUGUUGGUGGAAUUAUAAUAAAUGGUGCUGAUCAAAUUUAA